UCCAAGAUGGCGCCGGUGGAGCACGUUGUGGCGGACGCUGGGGCUUUCCUGCGGGACGCGGCUCUGCAGGACAUCGGGAAGAACAUCUACACCAUCCGCGACGUGGUCAACGAGAUUCGCGACAAGGCCACGCGCAGGCGGCUGGCGGUCCUGCCCUACGAGCUGCGGUUCAAGGAGCCCUACCCGGAGUACGUGCGCCUGGUGACCGAGUUCUCCAAGAAAACCGGAGACUACCCCAGCCUCUCUGCCACUGACAUCCAGGUGCUGGCGCUCACCUACCAGCUGGAAGCAGAGUUCGUUGGGGUGUCACACCUGAAACAAGAACCUGAAAAGGCUAAAGUAAGCUCAUCCAUUCAGCACCCCGAAACUCCUCUUCACAUUUUGGGUUUCCAUCUGCCUUCCAAGUCCAAGCACCCACAAGACACAGUGGACCAAGGACAGCAAGCCCAGGAACCCGAGGACCCGGCAUUCAGCUCCUUCAUGUUCUGGAGAAACCCACUGCCCAAUAUUGACCAGGAGCUCCAGGAGCUGAUGAUGGGCCAAGGUGAGGAUGAUCCCAGGGAGGAGCAAGAAGAGAAAGAAGAGGAAAAUGGAUUUGAAGAAAGCAAAGAGGACAGUGAUGACGAUGGUGGCUGGAUCACCCCCAGCAACAUCAAGCAGGUCCAGCAGGAGCUGGAGCAGUGCGACGUCCCCAAGGAUGUGCGAGUUGGCUGUGUGACCACAGACUUUGCCAUGCAGAACGUUCUGCUGCAAAUGGGGCUGCAUGUGCUGGCGGUGAACGGCAUGCUGAUCCGUGAGGCCCGGAGCUACAUAUUGCGCUGCCAUGGCUGCUUCAAGUUUCAUCCAUCCCGUCAUUUCCAUGUGGCCUCAGCUCUCCUCAUUCUUUAUCAUUUGUUAAGAAGAGCUCCCUACUCGCCUCCAACAGCUGAGACUACACCAGGCCCCAGCCAGGAACCCUGGACAGGUUUUGCUUGCUGGCAGCAGACAGCCAAUUGCUCAGGGCAUCUCCUGUCCCCCUUAGCAGGAAGCUAGACAGAGCCUGUCACCAGAACUUGAGCCCAGGCACGCUACUGGGGACAUCAACAUCUUAACCACAAUGCCCAGCAUCUGCCCCACUGAAAUGCAUACAGUUGGAAUGUGUCUGUGACUUGCUUUAAAAUACACUCAUGGAAGGAGGGAGCAGGGGUAAGAAGAGACAAGAUUGGCCAUAAGUUGACAGUUGUUGAAGCUGGUAAUGAGAACAUGACAUUAGCCAUACUCUUCUGUAUAAGUCCUGAAAAGGAAAACAAAAACAAAAAGCAGUGAACCCUGAGUCCAGAGUCCAUGGGUUCAGAUCCAGUUCUGGUUGUGGCAAGAGUGAGUCAACUUGGUCUGUGCUUUGGAUGCCUCAGUGGGCCUGGGAGGUGGACCCCUCAAGGGCUUAGUGCGUCGUCUAGCAGGUGGACAGUGCCAUUGGGCUGACUCAGUUCUCUGCAUUUAUUCUGACUCUUGAAUUGGCACUCCUUGUGGUGGAUCCAGAGAGCCCCUGUAGUAGUGGAGAAGUGGCUUUGCUGUUGACAUGUGUGGCUCCAGGGCAGCUUCCAGCACACUACAGGCUCAGUCUGGCCUCGUUGGCCAUUGUGUAGGUCAGCUGGGAGGCUUCUGGCUGUCUUGUUCGGCGUCCAGAGCUUUUUGCACUGUUGGGAGGAGAUGCUCGGGAGAGGGCGGUCAUGCUCCCAGAGUCUCAGCAUUAACCAGGGAAUCAGUCACUCGUGCACCAUCCUCUGGUUCUGCCAGGACUUCAGGAGCCUCUCCCAAAGCGGCCGCUGUGUUCUGAACGUACCCACGGCUGAUGCUCACCCCAUGCUUCAGGGUCCCGGGUUCCUGACCACUGAGCGCUUUGCUCCAUCCAAGCAUCUCCCCUUGCCUGCAAAUUGUAUGAAAAUAUUAGAUUCCCCAAAUUAACACUGUUUCUUUUUUUAUAUUUAUUGGAAAGGCAGAUUUACAGAG